AUGCCUCGUAAUAAAAUAUCUGAUAAUAUCGAAGGGGUCGUCAAAUAUCUUUUGACUAAAAAGUAUUCGUAUUCUGUGAUACAACAAGAAUUAUCUGAAAUGAAUCUUAAUGUAUCAAAAAGUACUAUUAGUCGUAUUGCUAACAAACUUGGAAAAGAGUGCCGAUUAGGUUUAUUAAAUAAUCAAAAACCAAAAUUUUAUCGUCGCCGCCAUGUAGCAACACCUGCAACUGUUCGUCGUAUUACGUCAUAUAUAAGUAAAGAAAAUCUUCCAACAAUCUUGCUAAUGGCUGCAAGGUGUAGUAUUAGUGUUGGUACUGCUGUUAGUAUUAUUCGUGAUAUUAUCCAUGCAAAAUAUGGUAAAAAAGGCCGGUAA